GUACAUAUCAUUAUUACUAGUAAAUCCACAAACAAAACCAACCUUCCUUUCACCAUUACAUUUUUCUCUCAUCAAUGUCGGUCGACGCCAAACCACCACUACAUAAAGUCCUCAUAAUCAAACCACCACCAGCCUUUACCAUCCACGAAUCCGAAUUCUCCCAACACUUCCACUUCAUCAAAGCUUCCGAUUCACCUCUUCCGCUCCCAAACUUCCUCGCCGCCGCAAACUCCGCCGGAAUCACCGCCUUACUCGCCAGUGGACACGUCCCUCUGAAUGCACGUGACGUCUUCGAUUACAUCCCAAACCUCCGUUGCAUCGUCACCACCACUGCUGGACUUAAUCAGAUCGACCUCCCGGAGUGUCGCCGCCGUGGUAUCGCCGUCGCUUCCGCCGGAGAUUCUUACUCCGUUGACUGCGCUGAUCAUGCGGUGGCUCUUUUGAUUGAUGUUCUUCGGAAAGUAACUGCCGGUGAUGGGUUUUUGCGAAGAGGUGGUUGGACUGAUAAGAGGGAAUAUUGCUUGGGUAAUCGGUUAAAAGGGAAGAAGAUAGGAGUUGUCGGGUUGGGAAGCAUAGGCUGUAGAAUUGCAAAAAGAUUGGAGGCUCUUGGCUGCAAAAUUCUGUACAACUCAAGAAAAGAGAAACCAUCUGUUUCAUACCCUUACUACUCAGAUAUUCACGAGUUAGCAGCUAACAGUGAUGCCCUGGUUUUAAGUUGUGCCUUAACUGAUGAAACCAGGCAUAUGAUAAACAAAGAAGUGCUAACAGCAUUAGGGAAGGAAGGUGUCAUCAUUAAUAUUGCUCGAGGGCCUAUAAUAGACGAAAAUGAACUGGUGAGGUUUUUAGUUGAAGGUAAGAUAGCUGGUGCUGGAUUGGAUGUUUUUGAGAAAGAGCCUAAUGUGCCGAAAGAGCUGCUUGCAAUGGACAAUGUUGUUCUGUCACCUCAUGCAGCCUAUUUAACUCACGAGUCAUUUCGUGAUGUUUUUGAGUUUGCGAAAGGAAAUCUCCAAGCUUUCUUUUCAAACAAACCAUUACUUUCUCCGGUCAUGGAUGGAUGAUUCCUAAGAGGCUAAGACCUUGUUUCACGGGUCAUACUCUAGCCAAAUACAUAAGGUUCUUCCUCUGUUAGUAGGAUAUGAAGGUGGUAGAGAGGUCAUGAAAAUAUUUUGUCAUAAAAUCAAGAGUCUUGAAUAACAACCUCAGCAUUACAAGUCUAGCUAAUUUCUGAGUUUGAAGCCUGCACGCUCUGCUUUCGCAGAGAAAGAAAUGUAUGUGAAGCAGGGGAGUAAGUUGUUUUCAAGGUUCAAAUUUGGAUUGCUGGAGUUUUAAUUAUAUUUGAAUGCUCUAUGUUCAACCAAACAACCAUAUUCCUAAGUAUGUUUAUUAGAUUGCUGUUGAAAGUCAGAAAUGCAUGUUAAAUCGCUGAAGUUUUAUUCUGAGUUUUUGUUGGAUUGUUGCUACUUGCUAGAUUAAAAUAAAUGCUGCAAGCAAUACAAAGUGAGUCUUAAAUGAUGUAAAGCUGCAGGUAAAGCAAUUAAAACUUAUCUUGGUAUGAAA